AUGACACCAGAAGAGAAGGCCGAACUUGAACAAAAAAUUCGAGAAGCCAAUAAAGAAAGGGAAAGUAAGAGACAGGACAAACAGAGGAUGAUAGUAGGAGCCAGUAUGGUGGCCGCUUUUUUUGGAUCUAGUGCAAUAUGUUUGUGGCAGAGAAGGAGUGAUUACAGAAAGGGUAAUGAGAAGCUUCCUCAUGCUUCUUUUGAAGAAUUCGCUGAAAAUUACAUCAAAACUAAUAAGGUGAGUAUUUUUACUGUUAAAUUUUAAAAUUUUUUGUUAUUUUGUAACCAAAAAAAUGGCAGAGCUCAUUAAAUGUUUCAGGUAUCAGCCAUUAUUGUUCAACCAAACUUCAAAGUAAUGGAUGUUCACCUAACCAAAUCCAAAGAAGAACAUUUUAACGUUAGUACCAAACAGUUCUUAAGCACAGUAAGUUGUUUACUACUUGUAUAUGGUAUUUUUAGUUUGCGACGGGUCCAGAAAGGUAUGCCAUACAACCAGAUCUCAGAGUUCCCUUCGAUGGUACAAUAGAACAGCUACAAGUAGCCAUAGCCAAGGCCCAAGAACAGAUUGAAGGAGAAUCCCAAAUUAAAUUUGAGGUGAAUCAGUUCCCAUCGUACAAGGAAGGAUUGUUCAUACUCAUCUCCUCGACCAUAACAUUGUUUUUGUUUGGGGCCACUCAACUCUGA